UUCUCCUCCUCUGUAAGGCCUUAAUAUUUAAAGUGAUGGGUGAUCCAGCGGAUGCCAGAAAGAAAAGAGAGAGAGAAAGAAAGUCGAUUUGAUAUUUAAAAACAUACCUGCACGAAACUGCGGCAUCUGACAGUUCUGCUGAGGAGUUUCCAACUUACUCACGUAGUUUAGUGCUGAUGAUCCCAUCCAGCGUUUAUUUUUUUAAAUUAUUUUUUAGGAGGUGGAUCCUUCCCAGGGGAAGUAAGAAAGAGAUAGAGGGUUCUUUGCAGGGACGUCGGUUAUCGACCUGGAAUACAAUGUACUAUGCUGGAUGUCUAGUGUACUGUAUGUGUGUGCAUGCGGAUGGCGAAGAGAGAGAGAGAGCGAGAGAGAAAAGGGGGCAGCAGAGUUGCGCCAGCCCAGUCGCUUGGUAAAGUCUCGACGCAACUAGGCGAAGAACACAAACUCCUCCCACUUUCCCUUUCAAGGAAUCGCUAGCGACGCCGUCCGCACUGCCAGGAACACGGCAGUCUGUCGUGGUACGUUGGUCAGAUAACGACAACGACCACUCACACACACAAGGGUGUGUGUCCGUGCAAUAUUUUUCGUGUGUGUGUGUCUGUGUGUGUGUGUGUGUGCUUCUCUUUCGUCUGUGCUGUGCGCGCCCCAUGUGUUUCUGUGAAUUCUCAUCCGGAAUUGCGCUUGCUCCACUGGAUAAUACUUUUAGACAUUUCACGGGUCGACAGAGCGCAAUGUAUUGCCAUUUUUCUUGUAUAAUUUUCGCGAGAUGCUCACUCUUGUGAAAACAACAACUUUUGUUCUUAUAUUGAUUACGAUUGUUGUGGGUGUAUAAAGCUUCUUUCCCGUCACGGGACGGAUCGAUGAUUCCGGCCGUCUUUGCUCUCUCUCUCUUUCUCUCUUUCUCUCUCUACUCCGCGCUCAAUUGCCUCCAAUGUCUCAAAGACUAGGCGACCAGACGGCAAACACACACACAAAUUCAAAUUUGCAUCCGUGAAAGAGACAGCACGCAAGCUUUUCACCCAGACUUUCCAUCUUGUCAUGUUAGCCGUCUGCCGUUGUUGAUAUUGCGGGACGUCCUUUUACUUGCUCGCCCUAUGUGUGUGUGUGUGCUCGCCCAUUUUCCUUGCUAAAAGUGUUUGGCUUUUGUAAUCUCUCUCCUUGAACUCGUCGCCGAUCGAUUGUGGCAGCAAAGUCCGGGAAUUUCCUAGUAAACACAGCAGCAGUCCGCGGGGCCAUAUACACACACAGCAUGUCCGGUUGGAGGGGGGGAGGGUAUCACAGGCAACGAGUUUUGACAUGUUUUGUGACAUUAUAGAGAAAACUAAAAUAACAUGUGUCACAACUUUGAGCAAAGAACUUUUCUUCUUUUUUUGAGCCAUCCAAACUCUACUUUACUACAAGUAUAGCACUAAAAAUAAAACUCCCAACCCCCGUCGGUUGAUUCGUAAAUUUCGUGCCUUCUCGGCCGAUUGCGAUCGCUUUUUAUCGGCUAAAACGAAAAACCUGGUUGACGGUUUAUAUAGAUUUAUCAAUCAGCUGUUUUCUUUUCUUUGUUGGUUUUGUUUUCUAGCGAUUUGAGGCGUAUUAUGCAUUCCACUAUAUUUCACGACAACAUGUGGGUUGCACACAAACGCCAAAAGACGCCCAGUUAGAGGAUAAUAAUUCAUGAAAGCAAACGUCACUGCGCGACCCAUUCCGUGUGCCCGAAAUUCGAGUCGACUACUACCAUUACCGACCAUUUUGAUUAUGUUUAUUUAUUUUUCUUUUCUUUUUGAGCGCGAGAGGUUAAAUGGGAUGCUGUCGUGUCGCCUAGUCGUUUGUUUUGUGCGCAUUGAAACUUCCGCAUUGGGGCUGAGAUCUCUCUCUCUGCUGCCAUUAUGCACAGCAGCUCCGCCCAGUUUCUCCCCAUUUGGAAUUUGAAUGAGUGUCUGUCUCUCUCUAUAGUGUCUGUAGUAUAGUACGCCAGAAUAGAGAGUUUCCCACAGUUGCGAGUUAGACAGUGUCUCAUCGUAUUCAUUCGCUUGAAUGGAUUGCUAGAGUACACACACAUCGAAAGUGACCAAAAACCCAAAAUAGUUUUUUUUUCCCGUCGAAAGAGUCAAAGAGACAAGAGAGAGAUGACGGAAAGAUUUCAUUUGAUCGUCGCAAAGACGUCAAAAGUUCUCUCUCCUUGAAAAGUCAAUAAAGAAUCGAGGCGUGUUCGUCUUUGGUGAACCGGAAAGAAGCCACCCGAAAAAAAAAGAAAAAAGAAAGAUGAUGAUUUGGUUUCCAAUCUCGAUUUUUAUCUUUAGCCGUUUCUUCUCCUUUUUCUGCAACAUUUUUUUUUUCUUCUAUUCUUUUCUCCUUUUCGGACAAAAGUUGCGCCAUGUCAUCCUAUCCGACAGCCAAAGCCGGUUAAUAUUAUCUACGCUGUCGUCUUCAUCUACGUCAAGUGUCAACAAGACUGUAAACUAAAGAGACGACUCUAUCGCUCGAGUGGCCCUGUGUGCGUUUCCCCCCUUGGCAGCCGAUCGAUUUCCCAUUGGUGUAAUGCGGUUGCGUUGGCCGCCUCAUGUUGCACUAGCCAUGGUUGACCUUCUUCUUCGUCUGUGUGGCCGCCGACUCGAUUGAAGUCGUCGAUAAGAAGGGAGGAAGGGGUGGAAAAUCUGAUCAGGUCAUGAACACCCAUAAGCCCCGAUCAUCACAGCACCAUGACGAAUGAUGGAAUUGAAUAAAGACGGAGUCGACUGCGCCUCUGUCAUCGGCUGCGCCCUCGACUCCGCACAGCCCGCCACCACCACCAGCAGCACCUCUACGGCUUCUUGUUGUCAAGAGCAGCCGGCCGCAGCUGUCAACGCUGACGUUUUGCAAGCCAAAAUCAGCGCGCUAGAGGCGGAAUUUCUCGGUGCCUGGCAGAUCCUCGAAUUCCUCUCCACCGAAUAUCUGGCCAUGUGGGAAAGGUUGGAAACGGUCGAGCUUUUGCUCUAUCAGCAACAAGCCACUAUCGCCCGGCUCGUCGGGACGUACGGCGACGCGGGAGCGCUGGACGAGAAGCAGCCGUCGUCGGGCGACGCCUCUGCUAUUAUUAGCGAAGCCAACUCCACCACCAUGGGCGGCUACCUCCAUAAUGGACCCAAUUUGUCGCACGUCAAAGAAGAGGAGGGCGACGACGAUGAUGACGACAGGUUCGCCGCCAAAGUGGAGGCCCAGCUUCGAUCUCUCGAGUCUGAACAGCAGCAGCAGCAACACCAACCUUACUCGAUUACGUCGGUGGGUCGCAGUCGUCAGGCCAGUCGAUUGUCGGCUGACGAAGCGUUUUAUCGCAGCCUCAAUUCGGCUCAUCGCGACAGUCCGUCAAUGAUGUCCGAAUCGGACAACGAAUUGCGAAUGAUUUGGGAGUCGGCUUCCGCCGGCCAGCAGCCAUUUCAUCAAGAUCCCGCCCGCCAGUCUGAGGAAUCAAUUGGCCACGUUUUUAGCGCUCAAGAUUACUGUCAUUAUAGGCGAGGUAAUACGACGAGUGGCAGUGGCCAGCCGGAUCUUUGGUCCAAGGGCAAGAAGCCCAAGCCUCCGGACGACCUUGGCGAUGACUCGCAGACCGAAGACGAUGAAUGGAUGUGGAGGAACAACAUGGACAGUUCCUCGGACUGCGCCAGACAGAUUCGCGAAAUCGAACGAGUGAGUCGCAAACUGAAGAGGGAUUCACAGAGGCUUCAAGAGCUUCGUGAGAGACUGGUCCAGUCGUCUAGUAUUCCGCAGCAUGUAACGCCACAUGCUCCGGCUGAUCCGGCUAACGAUCUUCACGAACAACUGCGACUGGCGUUCCUGGAAUCGGCCCGGCAGAAAUCGGCGCGACUCCAUCAGCGCCAGCAAGUUCAGCCACCCAAAGCCAACUCAUUGGGCUACUCUUCCAGCACCCAACAGCCAUCGAUCUACCCCGGUUCCUCGUCGGCGAUAGUGGGAGCUCCUGUACAUAUCGAUCCGCUACAUCUAGGGCGGAGCAACAGCUCCGACAAUGUUUCACCCAGUUUUUCUUCGUACCUACGGACGCCGAUCGAAGCGCAAACUGCUGGACACGACAACGACGCCGCCAAACUUUCGAACCCGACGUCUCCUCUCCUCCUCCAGCGCUCAAAAUCGGCUCAGAAAUCGCCGACUCCGCAGACCAAAACACCAAUCAUUAAAACGAGGAGCGUGUCGGAAGAAAUUGCCCCAAACUGUUUGGGCAACUAUCUGAGCGCUGCCAGCUCGAGGUCGCCUAAUAAGGUGCCCGGCGCUUCUCGCUCGCCCAGCCGUCGAGCGCAGAAAAGUUUAUCGCCAACCCGAGUCAAUCGAGUCAACUCGAUGCGAUCCGAUUCGGGAGUUUCUUCUCUCAGCGGUAAUUGGUCGUCGAUGGACCCCGAAAGAUCGCCCGUCAGUCCCAGUCAAAUGUUGGUCUUGGCCGGGCAUCAUUCAUCUACACAACAGCAAGUCGAGUUGAUUAAUUCGGUCCCGCCUCCUCCCGCUCCCGCCGACGGUCAAAACGCUCGACCGAGCAGCCGAAUGAUGUACGAACAACCGGCAGCAGCCUCUCCUUCCGCACGUUCCCGGUCACAGCCCAGUCAAAUUCAGCCACAUUUAACAACGGAAACGUGGAAUGUCCAGGGCUCCAUUUGUUCCGUCGCGACAGCAGCAUUUCCAGUUGCCGGGCCCAAUCAACGGGCCGAUCCUUAUCCCGAUUCCGUUCAUCAUCCCCACGAGGCGCCAGAUGGACAUCGAACCCGACAAAAUCAUCCGGCGCCGUGUAAUUUAUCUCGAAACAAUUCAACUUGGCUGGAAACCGAAAUUGACAACCCGUUUUUGCCGACGACGCUGGAUGAUGAAUGGUACAGCCCGCGAGGCGUUGUCCACCCUCAGACUGCACCCCAUCAGCAUCACUACAGAUCAAAUACGCCAAGUCCGGCUCCCGGCUCCCUGCCCGAAGGCCAUUUCGUUCCAGAACCCGCCAACGUACUCAACCAGCAGCAGCAACAAUCCAAACAGUUCCAGUAUCCUACUCUGACUUUCGAACCGUGUCAGGAUGAAUUAGUUGGCAAUUUCGAAUCGCAUCCUUCCAAUUAUAUCCAGCAGACCAAAUCGGCCGGUUGUUCUCCGAAACAGAGGCGCCGGCUCCACUCGUCGCCGACGUCGUCCAUAACGAGCCAACGGUAUCAACAACAGGACAAUCAACGCCAACAACAUCCGAAUCUACGACUGGAACAUCAGCUCUCAUCACCGGGCCGAUUAGUGCAAACCACGACGCCAGCCGAGCAAUUAUCUUCAUCAUCAUCAAUCGAUUACUACGAUCUUUAUUACCAGACGCCAUCAUCGCUAGCUCAGCAACAACAGCAACAACAACAGCAGCAGCAGCAGUAUCAGCAGCCUUGUUAUAUGGAACAUAAUCAUAGUGCUUACGGUAGCCAGGAAGGAGUCUAUUUGUUCCGCAAUCCGCUACCUAAUUACGAAGAACAAUCGCCCUACGAGACGCGUCGUCAAAGUGGACAAGAAGAAGAAUCGUCCUCCUCUUUCGGCCAUUCGCCGUCCUCUUUCCCCGCUUACACCACUUCGAGCCAGGUGAUUGUGUCACAAUGCGGAUACAUUUCCAUCGCUGCUUCCAGCGGGCCUUCCCGGCCGAUCUCUCCCGGCAAGCAGCCGCGGAAUAGCCCGCGCAAGAAAAUUCGAACAGCCGUCAAUCAAAUUUUCAAUCGUCCCAAACUCAAAAAUCGUUCCGUCUCUUUGCCGGGUGUCGACGCUAUGCAGGAGAUGGAUCGACAGCAUUUGCCUCACAGCGCCAGCGGAAGCACGGGGCGAAUGGGCGGGACGGACGACGGGAAACGCUUUUCGUUCAGUCGGACGUCUUCACUGCCCGGAUUGAAAAAAGGCAAGAAAAUGAUGAAGCAACUGACAAACAUAAUUGGUGGGCGAAGAGGAAGUAAUGAUGGCAAGAGACCCGGAAGCCUCCAGUCGUUGCCUCAAUCGAACGACGAUUGGACGACCGUGUCUCGGCGGCCACUUCGGACGCUGGACGUCGUCGGCAAUCAUUCGGGAGAGCACGGCGUUAGUCGAGCUUUUGUAUCGUACUGUAACGAAGGUUUCGAUUCCGGCAACGAUUGGGACGAUGAAAUGUCGGGCCAAGUAGCCACUGGAGGCGCCUCGAGUCGAGUGGCCGAGAAUUCUCUUAUUGCCCCCAUUCCUGGAACGGUUCCGGUUUCGGAUCCUUCGCUAUUGACGAGGCGACCAAGUGGUCCCUCCUCUGGAGAAUUCGCCGCUUCCCGAGCCUUGGGUCGCUACCGUCGAAUGGCGGCAGCUGAAGCAGCUGCCACUACCAUUACAUCUCCGGUCGCGAUGACUCUGCCAGACGUUGCAAUCGUCUCAUCCAGCGGCGGCAGUCAGCAGGAGAAUCGCCGCAAGGAGCGUCCACCAUCCGGUUCAGAUGAUGAUACGAGUCUCAGUCUCAGUUUGAAUUUGGACUUCAUGGCCCGCCAUUUAUCGGCGGAUGAGCAACGGGACUACGACCAGCAGCAAGAGUCUGACAAUCAAGAAAUCUUUUUCCCAAAAGUUGCCAUCAAAUCCAGCCCCAAGAGAAGUCAAAGUGAUGCCUGCAGCACUGCGGCGGAUGACUCGGAUGCCAAAUGCGCUUUGACGGUACAAGUUGAGCCGCCCCCGCAACCUGCGGAUUAUUUGGAACCGGAUCAAUGUCGACCCGCCGGAAGUGUUGAGAGUGCUCCAGCUUCACCGAGGCCGUUGGCCAACGUCAACCGGACAGCCCCGCGCUGGCAGAGCACGGAAGACAGCAUUGACGUCGAUGACGAAUGGUAUCGCUACGGCAUGAUGCAGCUGGAGGAAAUGGAACGCAGGGCGGAAUCCAGCGGAGCCGACCUGUUGGCAGAAGCGGCUCGCCAAUACAAUCAACAAACAUCCUACGACAACCAAAUGCAGGCAGUUUUGGGUGAACUUCAAGCCAGAGUUCCAGUUUAUCCAGCCAUCGAUGCGCACAGGAGCCAACCCAUCGCCAAGGAGAUGGUCAUCCCGUCCGACGAAGGCUGCGGCUACUUGCCGCCGGCCCAAGAAAACUGGGACUACGCCGUCCCGGCAGUCGUUUACGAACCGGCCAUUUGUGGCGAGCCUGCGCCCAUUGUGGGAGAAGAAGAGAACGACGACUGGGCGGCUUACACCAGUUCUCCAAAUAGAGCCGGAUUCGCUGUUCAAGAACCCGCAAUGGGAUCGGAACAAGUCAGCGUUAAAGCGCAAGAUGAAGACGACGAAGACGACGACGACGACUAUUCUUCCGGCGAAACUAGCGGACCCGAUAGUCCCCACAAUCAGAGUUUUGAUGAUGAUAACGACAACGAAGGCGGAAACGAGCCCUUUUAUCUGUACGAUGUGAGUAAUAAUAAAGAACCGGAAUACUACGAGCCAACUCGACACACCGUCGAGGCUGCGAUAGAAACGGCGGCCUCUGCAGCGCCGGCUACUGCUGGAUUUUACCCGAAUAACCGACAUUCUAUAUCCGGAUCUCGCGGUUCAACAACGGACUUAUUUCCAAGCAGCGGUAACAUCCUGUCAGCCGCCGGAAGUACGGCCAGCAACAUUGCUUCGUCCGUCUUUUCAUUUUUCACCUCGACCACGGCGCUCAAAGACGGAAACGAAGAAGCGUCAGAACCGCAGCCGUUCGGAACGGAUGUCUACUACACUAGCGCAAGCAAUAUUGCGGCGGCCGGAGCGGCGCCAACGACUGCAAUAACAACAACGGCAUCAGCAGCAGCGGCAGCAGCAGCCGUUGAAUCCCCUGGACAAGUUGCCGAGGCCGGUCUCAACUACACCCAAGAUGGCGAUGAUCACAUGGACGCGUUGGAUCCCGAGCAGCGUAAAAUGCUCACGCUGACUACCAAGGGUAGCGCGGCUCGAUGGAAACUAGUCAAGACACUGCGAGAUAAGAAAGCCGAAACGGCCAGUGGUGCUGCGACGACGGCCACGAGUCCGACAAAUAACGAGGCGAAUGGAUCCGGUGGAGCUGGAGGACGCGGCAGUCGAGCUAAUGGGCUGCCCGGUGAUAAUCCGUUCUACAGCAACAUCGACAGUAUGCCAGAUAUACGACCCAGGAGGAAAUCGAUCCCUCUCGUCUCUGAGCUGGUUCUCAAGACGAUGGCGGCGACGAAGCGCAAUGCCGGAUUGACGUCAGUUCUGCCUCGAGCCACACUCAACGACGAAGAACUGAAAAUGCACGUCUACAAGAAAACGCUGCAGGGCUUGAUCUACCCGAUUUCCAGCACGACUCCGCACAAUUUCCAGCCGUGGACGGCCUCCUCGCCGACCUACUGCUACGAGUGCGAGGGUCUACUCUGGGGCAUCGCUCGCCAGGGCGUCCGCUGCACCGAAUGCGGAGUCAAAUGCCACGAAAAGUGCAAGGAUUUGCUCAACGCCGACUGUCUCCAAAGAAUCAUUUUCGAUGACGACGACUCCAGUUUACUGAAUAAUUUCAUGCACAUAGGGGCGGCCGAGAAGAGUUCCAAGCACGGCGCCGAGGAUAAAACGCAAAUCAUCAUCACGGCCAUGAAGGAGAGGAUGAAGCAGCGGGAGCGCACCAAACCCGAAAUCUUCGAACUCAUCCGCGUGAUAUUUAAUGUGGAUCCCGACACCCACAUAGACUCCAUAGAACAGGCUGAGUUGGCGGUGCUGGAAGGCACGGCCAACUGGUCCGCCAAAAUUGCCGUCACAGUGAUUUGCGCCCAGGGAUUGAUCGCCAAAGAUAAAAGCGGGACGUCCGAUCCUUACGUCACCGUCCAGGUGGGCAAAGUGAAAAAGCGGACCCGCACUAUGCCCCAGGAAUUGAAUCCCAUCUGGAAUGAACGUUUCUACUUCGAGUGUCACAAUUCGUCGGAUCGCAUCAAAGUUCGUGUCUGGGACGAAGAUAACGACUUUAAGUCGAAAAUGCGUCAAAAGUUCACCCGCGAGUCAGACGAUUUUCUUGGACAAACAAUCAUUGAAGUGCGAACCCUUUCGGGCGAAAUGGACGUUUGGUACAAUUUGGAGAAGCGGACGGACAAGUCUGCCGUGUCGGGCGCCAUCCGGCUUCACAUCAGCGUCGAAAUCAAGGGAGAAGAAAAGGUGGCCCCCUACCAUGUCCAGUACACUUGCCUGCACGAGAACCUUUUCCAUUACCUAUCGGAACAGGUGCACCAUGGCGGAGUCAAACUUCCGGUCGCCAAAGGUGACGACAGCUGGAAGAUUUACUUUGACGAACCGUCGCAAGAAUUGGUCGAAGAGUUCGCUAUGCGUUUCGGCAUCGAGCCCAUCUACCAGGCCAUGACAAAUUUCCACUGCCUCUCUACCAAGUACCUCUGUCCGGGUGUUCCGGCCGUCAUGAGCACCCUAUUGGCCAACAUCAACGCCUUCUACGCUCACACGACCGCCUCGACGGCCGUCUCCGCUUCCGAUCGAUUCGCCGCUUCAAACUUUGGAAAGGAGAAAUUUGUCAAGCUGUUGGACCAGUUGCACAAUUCGCUGAGAAUCGAUCUGUCCAUGUACCGCAACAACUUUCCGGCUUCAUCCCAGGAGAAACUGAUGGAUCUCAAGUCUACCGUCGAUCUGCUCACUUCAAUCACGUUCUUCCGUAUGAAGGUGCAAGAGCUCAGCUCACCGCCGAGAGCCAGCACGGUCGUCAAGGAUUGCGCUACAGCCUGUCUCAAGUCCACCUAUCAGUUCUUGUUCGAAAACUGCUAUGAACUCUACGCCCGGGAGUAUCAGGCGGAACCGGGAGAGGCCAAGAGAGAUCCAGAAGACCACGGCCCCAGGCUGGACAGUGUUGACUUUUGGCACAAGUUGAUCGCUCUGAUCGUCUCGGUCAUAGAAGAAGACAAGAAUAGCUACGCUCCCGUCUUGAAUCAGUUCCCGCAGGAGCUCAACAUCGGCCAACUUUCGGCGUACACCAUGUGGACUCAAUUCGCCGUCGACAUGAAGUACGCUCUGGAGGAGCACGAACAGCAACGACUCUGCAAGUCUUCCGCCUAUAUGAACCUUCAUUUCAAAGUCAAGUGGCUCUACAACCACUACGUCAAAGACUUGCCGCAAUACAAGGGAGCCGUCCCGGAAUAUCCCGCAUGGUUCGAGCCGUUCGUCAUGCAGUGGCUGAACGAAAACGACGACGUCUCCCUCGAGUACCUACACGGCGCCUUCAAGCGAGACAAACAAGACGGGUUCCAAAGAAGCAGCGAGCACACCCUCUUCUCGACUUCGGUCGUUGACAUUUUCACGCAGCUGGCACAGUGCUUUGACGUCGUCUCCAAGCUCGAAUGCCCCGAUCCGGAAAUCUGGAAGCGGUACAUGAAACGCUUCGCCAAGACCAUCGUCAAAGUCUUGCUGGCAUACGCCGACACGGCCAAGAAGGAGUUCCCCCAACUGACCAAAGAUGAACGCAUCGCUUGCACUCUGAUGAACAACAUCCAGCAGCUUCGGGUUCAGCUGGAGAAGUUAUUCGAGCAAAUGGGAGGCUCCAAACUCGAAGAAGACGCUGCCAACAUUCUCAAGGAGCUUCAGCAAUCGCUCAACAACGUCCUUGACGAAUUGGCUACCAUGUUUGCCAAAAGUCUGGAGCCGAAGAUCACCGUCAGCGUGAAAGAAGUGGGCGAUUUGCUGUCGCACAUCAAAGGAGGCGGCCAGGUCUCGCUGACUCAGCCGUCGCAACGAAACGCCGUCUCGACGGAAGCGGAAGACUCGCUCAAACCCCUCAUGGAUUUGCUUGAUGGUUCGUUGUCGCUUUACGCCGAGUCUUGCGAAAAGGCAGUGCUCAAACGUCUGCUCAAGGAAUUGUGGAAGAUUGUCAUGCACACCAUGGAGAAAACCAUCGUUCUGCCACCGAUGACCGACAAGAGCAUGAUCCUGAAGAACUUGACCGACAACGCCAAGAACUUGGCUGCCAAUGCCAAAAUCGAGGACAUGUCACGGCUCUUCAAGAACAGCGUUGCUGGCAAACAGGAUGUCAAGAGCGCCCUCAGCGGUGUCAUGGAAAUAUCCAAAGAAUUCGAAAAGAAUUUGACGCCCAAACAGUGCGCCGUCCUGGACGUGGCCCUUGACACCAUCAAACAAUAUUUCCACGCCGGUGGCAGCGGUCUGAAAAAGACGUUCCUGGAGAAAUCACUCGAGCUCCAAUCGUUGCGCUACGCUCUGUCUCUCUACACUCAAACGACCGACACGCUCAUCAAAACGUUCGUCACCACUCAAACGAAUCAAGCUCCCGUUACCAACGCCAAAGCCGAGUGGAGGAAGAAAGCCGAAAUCGCUGUCGAGAUGGAUCGGUCCGAAGACAAGGACGGCUGCGAGGAAGGAGCCGAUCAAGAGGAGACAGCGGAUGACGAAACGCUUGGCGAUUCCUAUGAACAGUCCGGCGACCAGCGUCAACAAACUCCGUCCAAAAUAAAGAGCAUACAGAUUCAAUCCAAGCAGUCGGGGACAGAUUUGCCAAGCGUGGAAGAAGGUAGCGUCGGUGAAGUGAGCGUUCAAGUUGACUUGUUCACUCACCCCGGCUCCGGCGAGCACAAAGUCACCGUCAAAGUGGUGGCGGCCAACGAUCUCAAAUGGCUAGUUCAACAGGGAAUUUUCCGCCCGUUUGUCGAAACCAAUUUGGUCGGUCCGCAUCUGGCUGACAAGAAGCGCAAAUUCGCAACAAAGUCCAAGUCCAACACCUGGUCACCAAAGUACAACGAGACAUUUCACUUUGCCAUCGGCAACGAGGAAACUCUGGAAUCCUUUGAACUUCACAUCUGCGUCAAGGACUAUUGCUUUGCUCGAGAUGACAGCCUUGUGGGUGUUGCCGUUAUGCAGUUGAAAGACAUUGUUGAACAGGGUUCUUGCGCCUGUUGGUUGGCUUUGGGCAAGCGUUGCCACAUGGAUGAAACUGGCUGGACGAUCCUGCGGAUCUUGUCACAACGCACAAACGACGAAGUGGCUCGGGAGUUCGUCAAAAUGAAAUCGGAAGUUCGACCUGAGGAAUCGGCCAUUCUACAGUCGUAAAAUCGCAUUCAAUUCCCGGGACGUCACGGUUUAGUUCUGUAAUUAACUCCAUGUUUGUACCUUACGUCUUCCAUUCUGGAGCCACGCGGAUUGUUUGAGUGAGAGGGAGAGGGGGGGGAUGAGAAUAAGCUCCACGAUUCGUUCUUUCUUUGUAUCGCACUGAUGGAUGAGGAACUAGAGGAUUGACAAACAAAUUGACGGUAAAACCUUGUUCGAUUCGGACAAAGGGCGGGCCGCUCAGUAUUGAUGGUGGGACCAAAAACUAUUCAACAAAACGUCGUAUAAAUCGUGGCAGAUAAUUGUAUUAUGAAUCUGUCUGAGAGAGAGGGAAGGCGAGUGUUGGAGGAGAGUGCAGUCUUGUAUAAUUUCAUCAAUCAAUGUCAUUCGUCCACUCUCAUUUGAUUCACCCUUAUAUUCCCCCCCCCCUUACAACUAGACAAGGUGUGUCUAAAUUGGAUUUUCACUUUCCCGAUCAUUUGAAUGUUUUCUUCGAGUGUGAAUGCGUGCCUUUUUCUAUGUGCUGCGAUUGUGAACACCUGAACGUCAACUAAAGUGACAGCCACACCCAAAUUACCCAGGAAUGCCUGUAAAAAUUUCUGUCUCCCUGCCGUGUACAAAAAGAAAAUUAGGAAUAAUUCGCACGGUUACUCUUUCUCUCUCUCUCUCUUUAAAAAACAAAAACAACAAAAAAGAAACAAAUUUUUUUUUUACAAUUCUUUUUGCUACGACGUGGUGACUCGGUAUAUAUAUAUAUCUCUAUCAUCCAUAUCAGCGUGAUUGUGUGCUCUUUUUUUUCCCCACUUCAUCGUUCGCUCGUUCAUCAGUGGCCACUGGACGUUCAAUAUUUGAUUUCCGUUUUCUUUCUCUCUCCGUGUUUUCACUCUCUGUCUGUGUCAUUCUUGAUAUUAUAAAACAUUCCGGAUCAAUAUCCUUCCCCCCCCCUCCCGAACUCCCCCUCCUUCCGUUCAUUGAAUCAUUCGUAUCACACUUAUAUAACACUUUCAAGUUGAAGUCGUCUCCCGCCCAACAACAACAACAAAAAAAGGAACAUAUUAAAUAGUAAUAAUAAUAAAUUCUCCAAGUGUCCUCAACAUCGUGAAAAUUGUCUACUGACAUUCCGGGUUUUUGCUGAGACCCUUUUUCUGCGUUAUAGACCCCCCUAAGAAAUUGAUCGUGAUGACUUUCCACACAACAUUUCCCGUCUGAAAGAGGAAGUUAAAGAAACAACUUUUGUUUUUCUUUCCAUUUUUGAACUUGUUAAUGCACAAAGACAAGAAAAACCUUUUUCCUUAUUAUUCAUGUCACAAUGUUUGCUCUAUUCAUUCCAUCUUUUUUCUCUCUUAUAUAGCGAGACGUGUUAUCCUCCCUCCAACCCCCCCUCCCCUCCCCGCAAGCCGUCUUAUAUCAUUGCGUAAAGUGGUGUCACAUUAUAACGACCAGACUAACGACCUUCUUCCCACCUUCGGCGCGCGACAAACACCGACACAGACGCCCACGUUAACCGCGCCCAAUAAAGUUACCCCCCUCACCCCACACACACACACAUACACAUUACACAACUCUCGUGCCGUUUCUAAUCUAUACCUAAAUUUAUAAAAAUAAAAAAAAUACCCACUUUUCGGUCAACGUGAUGUGUUGUGUCCUGUACAUCUUGUUUAACUAUUUUUCAUUUUUUUAUUUUCUUCCUCUCGCUCUCUCUCCAUCCUUUCCCCCCUUCGCUGUAAUUACCAACGCUAUACAUUACGAGAUAAAAAUAAAAAUUACUCCAUAUUUCA